GUGUGUGUUUUUUUUUUGGUCACUUGUUUAAAACGUCUUUUAAGUUGUUCAAGGCUUUUAAAGCCAGCGUCCAGAUUCCGUUCAUGACCUUGAGUGGUAGCUGCUCAAUUCUAUAUGUUUUCAUGAAGACAAAAGCAACAUUUCCACCAUUAUUCAGUUCUGCUUCUUUUUUUUAAUUUAUUUUUUGAUCAGUGCAAAAACUGUGAGAAUGGUUUUGCAGUGUUUCACCCUUCUGGUUUUCUUCCUCAGCAGUAGCCAUGGACAUAUUGAAUUCAUUUAUACAGAGAAUGAAGUAGAACUGUUCUGCAACACCAACAAAUGGCAAAUAAGCACAGAGUCUCAAAACAAUAUUGAUGUGAAUUGCACAGUGAAGUGUGCUCCUGGUGAACCACUCAGACUUAACAAUAUCCAGAAAUUCUGCACAAAUAACGAAUCAGACAAAGUUGAUGAAAAAUGUUUGCUAAUAGCAACAAGUGGAUUUUAUCAAUGUGUCACUGCUCUGGAUUCUGGUUGCUUGUAUCCGUUCACACCGUCUCCCAACACUGUCACAUUAUACAUAAUCGCCCCUGCAAAUGAAUCCAUAACAACCAAGUCUGUGGAAAGAUCUUCAGUCGAGUUAACUGAAGGAGAUGAUGUCAUUUUAAACUGCAGUUUCAUCCUUACAGAAGGAUAUGACAACAUAUAUUUUGCUGUUUACUGGAUCAAGACUAUUGAAAAGAACAGUAUCUGUGUUCAUUCUUAUGGUUAUAAUGAGCGUUCUAUAAGGUACAAUGCUUAUUGCAAUGGGCAGAAAGAUCUGCUUCACAGGCUCUCAAAUGAAACACCCAUAAGCAGAGAGUCCCAUAACAUCAGGAUCAGUAAUGUAACAAAGUCGGAUGCUGGACAGUAUGCUUGUGCUUUACGACUGCACGAAAAUAAUAAAGCAGGAGUAAUGUGGAAGAUCAUAAAUAAUAUUACAGUCAUUGUACAUAAAGGAUCUGAAUUAGGAAACAGACUUGAUUUCGAGUCUCUCAUCCGCUUAUGUGUUACACUGCCAAUGAUACUGGGUGUUCCGAUAGCUGUUGUGGUGAUACAUUUAUGGAAAAAGAGUAAAACCUCCCCAAGAUCUCAGACUAUGGAACUGCGAACAAUCCAAGAAGAAAAUCUCUAAUAUGAACUUUGAUGCAUGGGAACAACACAGCAGUUAAGAAAAAUGUCUAAAGUAUGUUUAAUAUGUGCUCUUUAUUAUGAUUUAUUUUACUUAUUUUAAUUCUCCUAUUGUUAUUGCUAUUCUUUCUCAGUUUAAAUGUACAAAAUCAAUACAUUUUUAACUAUAAAUUUCAUAUAUUUGUUAUUCAGACUAUAAGACAUACAAACAUUAGAAUUUAGUGUUUACUGAUAAAAAAAAACAUGAUGGCAAUAAAUAAUUUAUAUAUUUCUAUGUGUACAGUACAUUUACAGCAGGGAUCUCCAACCUUUUUUUUUUUCUCCGAGAGCUACUUUGAUAAAAUGAAGGUGGCCAAGAUCUACUUGUGUGAUAUUAUUAGUAACAUUUAUUUACAUAGCUUUUAGCCAUUACCCAAACCAGCUGAAUGAGCUAUUUUUGUGUGAAUGUCAAUUUUUUGUCAUAUUUGAAAUGAAAUAAAUCAAUUUAAAUUCACAUAAGCAGCAGGAAAGUCUAGAGUCGAGUUAAUUGAUCACACACAAUGGGUUUGCUGAUUAGAUUUAUAAUUUAGUUUUGUCAGAUUUUGUUCAUUCACAUGGAUUCUGUUAUUUAUCAGCAAACUGUUACUUAUAUGUCCCCUGGCACAUAACCUGAUCCAAGUGGUUUCUUUAUCCCUUAUCCAAAACUACUUCUGCAUGAUGCGCAUGUGCAAAGAGGAGCAUGAUUUGUCCUGAAAGGGAAAACUGCUCAUAGAAGAUUUAACACAAUCAAGGACAUGCUACAGCUGUGCACAGGUCUGUGUGUGUGUCAAAUCAAGAAGCUUUUAUCGUCAUUUCAUCCAUAAAUAGCUGAUGCAGUACACAGUGAAAUGAAACAAUGUUUCUCCAGGACCAUCCAUCCAUCCAUCUAUCCAUCUAUCUGUGUGUAGUCAGACAAACAUGUAGUGUUAGAAUGUUUCACUUUAGGCACUUGCACACUUCACUUCCUUCUCUCAAGCAGGGUUUAUGUGUCUAAUAACAAGAAACCCCACAAGCUGUGACACUUAUACUGUAUUUGUCACUUGUUUAAAACAUCUUUAAAUUUUUCGAAGGCCUUUAAUUGUUUCACAGCUUAAACAUACAUUAAUAUACAUAGACAGCAGGAUGUUUGUUAGUGGAUUAAAAUAGUGCCGCAACGGCACUGUAACCUCUGAUGAACUUCCGGUAGAAAUUAGCGAACCCCAGGAAACGUUGGAGCUGCUUACGACUUUCAGGGCACUGCCAGUCCCUCACAGCCUCCACCCGCCUGGGAUCCAUCUGUAUGCUACCGGCCGAGAGUAUGAAACCCAAAAACAUGGUGC